AAAAAGGUGUCACAUCGAUCGACCCCGAUGACAACUAAACUCACAUAAAGCCUCUCGUAUAUCGAUGAAAAGAUGACCGGUACUCCUCCUAUCGUUUGGAGAAGGCUGGAUCCGCAGGAACUUCGACUCAAAUUGAUGGGCUAUGGAGAUUCCGGCGCAAGCGAUGAUGCAAAAGCGAAAUCGACGUCAAAGGGCAUGUUCCAGCCCCGAUCGAGGAAACGCAUGUCCACCGCACCGGGAUCGACCCUCCCCCGCCCCUUCCUUAGCGAACUGUCGAUCUCGUCCCCUCGCAACGUAACCAAGAACACCGUCGACUUUACUUCCCUACUCGAUCCCGAACAAUCCCAAUCGUACCCGUACUUUGAUCGGAAACGCAUGAUGCGGAGGAGCCGAUCCGCUCAAGGUCUCGUCGGCCCGAUGAGCGAGUACAACAAGGCAGAGCAGAAGAUCAAGAGGAAGCCGGUACCUCGCUUGUCCGGACAAGCACCUAUGCGUACCGAAUACGACCGGGUCGAUCCUGGUUCCCCUAGCCCUAUUGGGACCCUGUUCAGUACUCAAUCUGAAGCGCUGAUCGGCAGUAUCAAAACGGAAUCCCAUCAUACCUCUACCGGCACCUCUCAAUCGGUACCCUACAUUCUCACACCUCCUUUCCUAACGCCCCCUAUCCAAGACCCACCUCGAACGUUCUACGACCUCCAAGCCGCUCCUACUAUCCCUACGACAUUUACCUCCGGUUCACUCAACCUCGGUCUGAUCCCCUCCGGAUCUGGCUCAUCCUUGGCCUCCUCCUACAUCGACACCCCGACCAAGGACCCGAUCAAAUUCGAUGGCGGAUCACGUGGGACACUGGGAAACGAUGACAGGAGCCUUGUGUCCCCGACGAAGCGGUACGGGUCUAUGGGGAUGAAGCUGGAACAGUACAUGGGGAGGGCGUUUGAGAAGCAUGAUGAUAUCGUGCGGGGGGAGGUGAUGUCGAUCGAGCAGCUCGACGGAGAUGACGAGGAGGAUUCCCUCGAUCUCGGUCGUAGAGGCAUGCGAACGGCGAUUUCCCAGCCUAUCUAUCGAACCUCUUCGCCAAAUAUCGAGAAACAAUCAUCCAGGGACCGGUCGGAAACUAUCAAACCAUUCAUCACGAGCCACGCUACCGAGUCCGCCCUUUCGACCAACCACCCCAACCAGAACGGAUCUCCCAAACCCCCUUCCCGACCUCAACGACCCCCCGGACUGUUCCUCGACCUUUCUCACUUGAAACCGUUCGCUAUCAACCUCAAAUCCAGUAUCGUCCCCGACGAAGACCCUUCCACGCCAGCUUCCGUCCGACUGAGCGCUGUUUCGCGGGGGAGUUCGUUCCCGGAGGAGACGGCGACGACCGAUAGCAGCUUUUGCGCCUUGAGAAAGGAUAGCUUGGAUUCGGAUCUGUAUCCUCGGCCGAGGUCGAUCAGGAAUAGUAUCUUCAGGUUGGGAGGAGGGGAGGUAAAUGGCCCUGUUUGGGCGCCGGCGAAGAGCGGUUUGAGCAGAGAGGUGGACAGUCAGGGUGAUGGAGACGUUGGCGAUGUCCAUGUCGAUGUCAACGGAAACGCUGAUAGUACGCGACCGGGGGAGCUGGAAGACCUACGAAGGAGAUUGAGAGUCUUGAACGAAGAAGCUCUAGCAGCUCUCCAAGAGACACCGAAAGCUAGUCUGAGGACCGAUCCGUUCGAGGCCGAGCCUCUGUAUCAACGGAGGAACAGCGUGAUCGCUUGGACUCGGAGUUUGAGUGCCGAAGUCAGUCCGGCGUUGCAUUCAGGUUCUAGCCAGGAGACCGUCAAGCCCGCUGGAGAAACCGUAGACCCGCUCACAGAGGAACGUAAGGGUGGAAAACCGGAAGAACAGCCUGAAAACGACGUUCAGCCUGUAGCUGCGGAGGAACAACUGGCGGAACCGACGGAAGACCUCAAGAGGAAGAAGACGAGCAGGGGAAAUAGGGAGGAAAGGCUUCAAGAGGACGGAAGAGCUUCUCGUACCGGAUAUUGGGACUAUUCCAUCAUUCGCGGAGGAGGGUAUGCCACGCCCCCACCUCCGGAAUUCUUUUCGACUUUUCAGCAGCAGACUAGUCCCAAGACGCCCGUUAUAGGAAGCGAAGCCACAUUCCACAGCCCUCAUCGCUCACCCGGAAAAGCUUUCAAGUCCAGCCCGCUACAGCAGAGAACGGAUGUCCGCCACCCUCUCGGGGACGAUGCGGAUGGGGAUGUCCCUCCGGGACCUAGAAAUUCGCCCAGCUCGUCACCUUAUACUCCGCCUUCUCGCCAUCGUCAGCCUCGAUCUUGGGCACCAGAACCUCUGAGUACCCCUCAAAGGCUAUUGAAAUAUGGAAUCGACGUGUUGACUAGUCCGGUCAAGCUUCUAUCGCCCAAGAAGAGGGUUACUCACUCCCAGAUGACGCGCGAAGAAUCUGGCAGUCUCCUGGACCAUGCAGAGGAUAUGGGCCGAGUCGCAAGCAUGUACUCGAGCGCGAGCGAAUAUGGGAGCGACAACAGUCCGGAAUUGGGAUUUCAGGGGUUCUCCAGGAUCUUGGAUGGAGGUCAGCUUUCGCUACCACUCUUCGACCUUGCGAGCAAGAACCAAUCUGCGGAACAGAUCGUCACGGCAAAGUCGUUGGAUGUUUUGAGACUCGGAGCUGAUGAUAGCGCUAGCCCGGCUGACGCGCUGGGCAUGGCGGAACGCCUUCGUGAGGCGUCCAUAGCGCGAAGUCCUUCUUCCAAUCUCGACAGUCUAUCGCAGCUGGAUAUUGACCUACUUCCGAACGAUUACGAAGCCGCCUCCCCAGGGGAGCAAAUAGCACGAUUCAACAACGCGCCUCCCAUCUUUCAUUUCCCAUCGCCGCCUCCUUCGGAACGCCACCAAAGCAUUUUGAGCAUGUUAUCCGGUACCAGCGGGAGUGAUACUGGGCUCAGAGCGAGUCAAGCGGCGUUACUGGCGACUCAGAUGAAUGAAGCUAGGAGGCAGCAAAAGCAACAUCAUCUGUCAGUCCUCGAACCCUCGGUCAAGCUGCCAACCCAAGGGAUCAAGAACACCCUGCUACCCAAUUCAUCAGUCGGCUUACGAUCGCCCGGGAACGACAACGCGACACUGUCUGUCAGCUCUACGCCGCCCCCGAAAAAGCGUUUGUCAGCUUUCGAGAAUGCAGAAUCGGAACUCUCGACACCAUCGCCUCGCAUGAACCCAUCUAGUAGCUAUGCGCCUCAACUGCAAACCCCUAAACGCCUCUCCUCAAACGCUGCCAUUGCAUCGCAUGGUCCAGCCAUCAGUAUCAUAUCGCCGGAUCGUAACUUUCCUCGCUUGCGCUCGGACAUCUCUCACGAAUCACCACAACCGCUUCCAAACGCCAGUUCACGCCGCGAUCUUGUACUGUACCCAAGAGAAUCGAUCGACGAUGUUUCCGCUACGGCUGUGCUGUUGUCAUCGAGCUCAAACAAGCUAGGCGACAAACGCACUGCUAUCAACCCUUCUCGAAGUUACCGGGAGGAUAUCCGUUUGAGACCGCUAUUGCAAAUCACGGAAGACAAGCCACAUAGCGCUGGAAGCCUACAGAGUUUCACCGCAUCGAGUCAGCGGUCCGAACAAGACGAUGAACUGCCGGAGCGGUUCGCGACUGCAGGGCGAUGGAACGACGUCUAUUGUGCCUGUUUCGGCAAGCGUAUUUGCUAGGAACUUGCAUUCCAUAUGAAAGAAAGUGAUGACCAAAAUCGAAAACGUGCACCCCACGGAAAAGAUGACCUAGAUACAACGAUGGAUCGAUUACAGAUCCACAAGAACGUGAAAGACAGCUUCAUCCGGUGAUUGAUCUAGCCGCUGGAAAAUGUGAUGGUGGCCUCGUAGUAUUGUGAAAAUGACGAUCAGCUCGUAUCCGUAUUAAAGUCCGGUUGAAGCAACGUGAAUAUGAUGGCUUUGCGAUAUCGCUCGAGU